UUUGUAAGUGUUGACCAAAAAGCCAUAAAACAGAACACAGAGAAUAAAAAUAUAUAAAAAAAGGUGGGAAAACAGUGUUUCUUUUCCUCUCCUUUCCUUUCCUUUCCCAAGUCAAUACAGAAGCUCAAGGUUUUCAUCUGUUUGACUAUUUUGACUGUAUCACCGAGUUGUAGUGCCAGAUUCAUUUCCCCUAAACACAGUGAGAUUUGAGAAAACAGCGAGGAAGAUACCUAACAAAAAGCAACCGUGAGCGGAGGAGCCAUGAAAACUCCGGCGAUCGGAGACGGCAACAUCGACAGGGCGUAAAAAGCCGUGAAUUUUUCCUUCAUCAUGAACAUAAACUGCGAUCUGCUUCAAGUUCUGUUGGUGGGUUGCCGCCGUCGUUGUUGCAGUUGUCAUUGUCGUCGUUGCCGGUGGCGAGCAGUUGGAGAAGAACGGUGAAGAGAAAGAUUCAGCUUUUAUUUCAGUUAAAGUAAGUAAUCAAACAAUUUCUCCUGGUUCUGUUCACAUUGAUAAUUUGGAUAAGCUGUCAACUUCUCCUGAUAAAAGGCCUAUUGACAAACCAACCAGAGCCAAAUAGGUUACAACUAAAGAAGGUUCAAUCAUCAAGUCCUGUUACUAUAUUAGUUGGUAAUACAGAUAAUCAAUAAGAGCCAGCUAUGGCUGACGCCAGUCCUAGGACUGAUAUCUCUACAGAUGUUGACACUGAUGACAAAAAUCAGCGGUCUGAUAGAGGUGCCCUUGUUCCUGUGGCUUCUGACUCAAGUGACAGAUCAAAGGAUAAAACCGAUCAGAAGAGUCUUCGCAGGCUUGCUCAAAAUCGUGAGGCUGCCAGAAAAAGCCGGCUGAGAAAAAAAGCCUAUGUGCAACAGCUGGAAAGUAGUCGUUUGAAGCUGACCCAGCUAGAGCAAGAGCUUCAGCGAGCUAGGCAGCAGGGAAUCUUCAUAUCAAGCUCGGGUGAUCAAGCGCAUUCAAUGAGUGGCAAUGGAGCAAUGCAGUUCGAUGCUGAAUAUGCUAGGUGGCUGGAAGAGCAGAAUCGACAAAUUAAUGAGCUUAGAGCAGCUGUAAAUUCACAUGCAGGCGAUACUGAACUUCGAAUGAUUGUUGAUGGUGUAAUGGCACAUUAUGAUGAAAUUUUUAGGCUGAAAGGCGUUGCAGCUAAGGCUGAUGUUUUCCACUUACUGUCUGGGAUGUGGAAAACACCUGCUGAGAGGUGCUUUUUGUGGCUUGGUGGUUUUCGGUCAUCUGAACUCCUCAAGCUCCUGGUAAGUCAAUUGGAACCUCUCACAGAGCAGCAGCUAUUGGGUAUUACAAACUUGCAGGAGUCCUCUCAGCAAGCAGAAGAUGCAUUAUCUCAAGGCAUGGAAGCAUUGCAACAAUCCCUUGCUGAGACAUUGUCCACCGGAUCACAAAAUUCAUCUGGUUCCUCAGGGAAUGUGGCAAAUUACAUGGGUCAAAUGGCAAUGGCCAUGGGUAAGCUAGGGACACUUGAGGGGUUUAUUCGACAGGCUGACAAUCUGCGCCAGCAAACUCUACAACAAAUGCACCGUAUUCUAACAACUCGCCAAUCAGCUCGUGCACUUCUUGCAAUACAUGACUACUUUUCCCGGCUGCGUGCCCUUAGUUCACUCUGGCUGGCCCGCCCAAGAGAUUAAGGGGCGUGGUAAAUAGUCUGUCAAAUUAGUUUUCCUGGAUCCUUCACCUGCUAUUGCUUGGCCAUCUAGGUUCUUACAAGUUUUCUUCUGUUGUAUUACAAGCCUUUCUUAUCGCUUAUACUAUUGCUUCAGAGUCAGUCUAGAAACCGAGGUGGGUCACAGGAAGUGUGUAUUUUAUUAAUUACUAAUAUUGUACAUUGUAAUUGUUGUUGAAGACUUUUAUUUUAAUUUUAACAGAUAGUUGUACAAGAUGAUACAUUUAAAUGGCAUAGUUUUCACUUUUCACA